CCGCGCAAAGUUCAGUUGCAAUAAAGCACGCCAACAAGCAUAUUAAGUUACUGUACUAGUUUUGCAAAUAUCCAUUCCACAAACAUUUUAACUCAACACGUGUUUUGUCUAAAAUAAGCUUAAUAGUUUUUAAAAUUAAUUUUCAUUUAAGAGUAAUUACGUUUAAUUUUUGUUCAUCAAUAUGGCCAUCGAUGCAAAUUGCUAUUUGGAUAUUAAAGAAAACUACCCAAAUUUAGAAUCGGAAAUUCGGAGUAUACUUAUGGCUCGUGCUCAGAAUGGAGCUACCAUCCAACAAAUUCGAGACGACUUUUAUAACAUCACGGGAGAAAAAUUUCCUAUCUAUGAUGAUGUAACUGAUUUUCUCUUGACCAUUCCUUAUGUGACUGCUAUGUGCAACGAAAAUGGCACACGUAUUUUCAAUAUCAUGCCUUCUGAAAAAAAUCGGCAUCUCUACGACAUGGUAAUUGGGCAAAAACCACCACCACCAUAUAAUAGACCACCCUCUUACCAUUCUUCGUUUGGAACUAACAGUAACAAUUGGAACAACAAUAAUUUCUACAGCAACCGACCGUCUUCAGUUCGAACUCGAUCGGAUAAAAAUAGUUCGCGCAGUGAAUCGGAAGGCUUCUAUGAUAAUAUAAACUGUUUUUUCGAGGACAACUAUCAGUACUUGUUUAAUAGGUUUAACAACCGUGAAGAAAUUGCAAACAAUUUAAACGCCAACAACUUGAAAAACAUCAAUAACAACCAGCAAUUCCCAGCAAUGAAUGGCUUUACUAAUAAUUUAAAUUCAAAACCCGAUGAUAGAAUGUUCAAAAAACCUCUGCCGAAAGCUCGUAUUUACACCAGCAGUCAAGGGCCACCAUCACCAACAACAACUAAAAGCCUCCAAGAACAAGACUGGGGUGUGAUUAACGACUGGACUCAGGGUGCUCAUCUAUUUGAUUUUGAGCUAUUGGGAGAUGAUUUCAUGUUGUAUUUGGCACGAAUGGAAUUGAAGUGCAAGUUUAAGCCAGGUGAAAAAAUUCUCCAAUCAGGGCUUUGUAUAUCAGGCCAAACUAUUUCUGCAGCCACUAAACGCAUAACUCAACUUCGAUACGUGAACAACCGAAUGAUCAUAAACAUUGGCUCUGUUGAUAUACUGCAGGGAAAACCUUUAGUGCAAAUUCAACAUGAUUUCUUGGAGCUUAUUUCCGUACUGGCAGAACGUGGAGUUGUACCAAUUGUUACUACGCUGGCACCAUUAGCCUUGUAUGGUCAUGAAAAAUCAAUUAAGGAUCGCUUAGAACGAUUUAAUGUGUUCAUCAAGCAAAGGGCCCCGAAAGUCAUCGAUAUAUGGUCAUGUGUAGUCAAUGAAAAGGGACAAACGCUUUUUGAUUGCUUUCAAGAUAAACCACGGCAAGUCUCAGGCAGUCAUGAUUCGUAUUUAUUUUGGAACAAAAUUGGCCGGCAACGUGUGCUUAAAAAAAUCGAAUCUGAAAUUGAAUAUUAGCAUAAGAAAGUUUUUGAAGAAGAUUUCUGUAAAUAAGUUCAAUUUCUUCGUUUUAUUUACUCUUAAAGACUUGACCAAAAGUGCUGUUUUUUAAAUUUAAAUAAUUUUUUUUUGUUUCUAGAAUAAUAGUUCACUGAAAUAAAUUGAAAAAAAAAUUUCCAAAGAUUAUGUAACUUUAAUAGAGUGUUAAUAUACAUAAUUAUAAUGGAUUUGAUAUCCUUUAAAAAGCCUCGAAAAACCUCUAACAAAAAUAUUAACCGAGCUCAUUUUAGUCCUUUAGCCUUCAUUCACAAAUACCUCGAUUUCUGUGUGACUAUUUUGAAAACAUUUUGAUAAAAAAUAUAAAGCUUAAAAAUCUGAACAGUAUUUUCCGUAAGCUUUUGGUUAACAUCAUAGUUCUACAUGCACCCAGAUUAUAAACAGCCUGUUAAUUUUUGUAUUUUAGGAUAAUUUUCAACCUCACUUUUUCCUAUUUGUUAAAAUUGGUGACGAAAUGUCGCUAGAUCAACUUAUAAUCAAAAAUAUUUUCGUUUAUUAAGGACUUAGGAAAGGAAUAUCUUCUAAAAACAAGUCACUUUGGUAAAACAAAAAAAAAUUUCAGGAGUCAAAGAGAAAACAACCUCAAUUUGAUAUUACCAGGAGCAAGGUAAAUCCAUCCUCUUCAUAGCCCACAAAAUUUUAUAGGGUCCCACUGUUCAAUACCGUAUUUACUGUAUUUUUUUUAUUUUAUUGCUUUCCAUACCAACAUAUAGUUUCCACUUCUGUGUUAGCGAUAAACUUUAAACUUGGUCCGGCCAAGCCAAAAUAGAAAUGCAUUUCUGCGGUGGGAUUGAGGGGGAAACGAUGUAUUGUUAUGGAGAGCAAUAAGAUUUUAAUAUAUAAUGAAAUGAGCUUCUUGUCAGUUUAGCUGGUGAUGGAUUGUUUAGCAAUUUUAUUCAACAGUAUACCCGUCUCGUAAGGAAAGCCAAAUACGUGAUUUUUAUUGAGAGGACCUUGAAUUAUAAUUCGCGACAUUCGAUUCUGAUAUGUGCUUCUGUUUUUGAUAUCUUAGAGUUUUUGUUCACAGUUCCAGGGUCUAAAGAUUAUGCUUAUAAAACAAUGUGACCUUUUCUAAUGUUGCAGGCCAUCACGAGGGUGGAUUUUAUUUAUUCUUGGUAAACACAAAGUUGGUCAGUAUUCUUCUUAGCCAUAUUUUAUGAUUAAAUGUAUUUAAUUAAGUUCCUAAACUCUCUGGAGAACUUUUUAUUUUAUUUAUUCAAAGACUUUAACAGGUGGUUUAACUAUUGCUCAUAAUCAUGUAAGAUAACAAAAUAAACAACUGAGGAUCCUUUUUGGCAAAAUCAUACUUUAAACGAAGAAUAAGCCAAAACUCAAUAGUGUAGUCAUUUACAUAUGAUUUUUUCAGUUUACAUUUUCUUCGUUUAAAACAGCUACUCGAUCAGAGAUAAAAUCUUCAAUCGAUUUACCAAGCCUUAAAAAUUAGAAUACAGAUUUCUGGAAUACAAACAUUGUUUUUGCCUUAAAAAAAAAAACGAAAAACGUCAGUACUAUCUAUUAACAGAGUGUUUUCAAAAAAAGUUGAACAAGAGUAUAUUGUGAAAUUAAAAAGGCUCAAUUGUUGACAAAAUGUUUCUUAAAUGCUAAUACGGUUAAGAGAUUUUAUUUUGAAAACGCCAGAAUCAAAGAUAUGCCAACAACAGUGAACUAUUAUUAGACUUUGAAUAUUAUAUGUAUAUGUUUUUGUUUAUUUAUUUAUAGAUUUAAAUUAUUUACUGUUAUAUUUAUUGUUUAAUGUGAUGAAUGUUGUUAAAAAUUACCUAUUAUAAAUUAUUGUUGUAUUUAUAAAAUUACUAUUGUGUAACGCUUUUGCCGGCAUUAGGUUAUAUCUCUUCUAAGAUCGUUAAUCUUUUUUAAACUUUUAUUCGUGCACAAUAAAUAUUUAAAAGACUUUUAACGAUCUUAAGCUUAUCUAUUUAAAAUAUUUUCAGCAAAAAUUUCUUUUUUAAAAUCACAUCCAUGGAUGAUCUUAACUAAGAUAUUUUUGUAACGAAGUUAUUAAAUGUAUAUUUAAGUAUUUGUGAUAUUGUUAAGUUACUUCAAUUCAUGUUAUUUGUUGAUUUAAAUUAUUUUGUUGAUAUAAUUUUUGUAAGUGUAGGUAGAUAUAAUGUACAUAUAUUAACUAUAAGAAAUUGUUAUCUAUCCUAAAAACAUAAGGCUUUCUUUUUCAUGUGAAUUGCAAAUUUUUUCAAUGGUACAUCUGAACGAUUUUGAAUAGUUCAUAUGAAAAAUUGAGUCUUAACCGUCAUUAUUUUUAAGUUUUUUUUUAUUGUUAAUAAAUCAUAGUCUUAAAAGGUGA